AUGGCGAGCGAGAAGCCGGGCCCGGGCCCCGAGCCUCAGCCCGCGGGGCUCGUCGCCGUCGGGGCCGGGGCCGGCGGGAUGGGCGAGCUGAGGGUCGGGUCCGGGCCCGGCCCCGUGGUGCUGCCCGCGGGCAUGAUCAACCCUUCGGUUCCGAUCCGCAACAUUCGGAUGAAAUUCGCAGUGCUGAUUGGACUCAUACAGGUCGGCGAGGUCAGCAACAGGGACAUCGUGGAGACGGUGCUCAACCUGCUGGUUGGUGGAGAGUUUGACUUGGAGAUGAACUUUAUUAUCCAGGAUGCUGAGAGUAUCACAUGUAUGACAGAGCUUUUGGAACACUGUGAUGUCACAUGUCAAGCAGAAAUAUGGAGCAUGUUUACAGCCAUUCUACGAAAAAGUGUCCGGAAUUUACAGACUAGCACAGAAGUUGGGCUAAUUGAACAAGUGUUGCUGAAAAUGAGUGCUGUAGAUGACAUGAUAGCAGAUCUUCUAGUUGAUAUGUUGGGGGUUCUUGCCAGCUACAGCAUCACUGUCAAGGAGUUGAAGCUUUUGUUCAGCAUGCUUCGAGGAGAAAGUGGAAUCUGGCCAAGACAUGCAGUAAAAUUAUUAUCAGUUCUUAAUCAGAUGCCACAAAGACAUGGUCCUGAUACUUUUUUCAAUUUCCCUGGUUGCAGUGCUGCGGCAAUUGCAUUGCCUCCUAUUGCAAAGUGGCCUUAUCAGAAUGGCUUCACCCUAAACACUUGGUUUCGUAUGGAUCCAUUAAAUAACAUUAAUGUUGAUAAGGAUAAACCUUAUCUGUAUUGUUUUCGCACAAGCAAAGGAGUUGGUUACUCUGCUCAUUUCGUUGGUAACUGUUUAAUAGUCACAUCACUCAAGUCCAAAGGAAAAGGUUUUCAGCACUGUGUGAAGUAUGAUUUUCAACCACGCAAGUGGUACAUGAUCAGCAUUGUUCAUAUCUACAAUCGAUGGCGGAACAGUGAGAUUCGGUGCUAUGUCAACGGACAGCUGGUCUCCUAUGGGGAUAUGGCAUGGCAUGUUAACACGAACGAUAGCUAUGACAAGUGCUUUCUCGGAUCUUCAGAGACUGCUGAUGCCAAUAGGGUGUUCUGUGGCCAGCUUGGUGCGGUGUAUGUGUUCAGUGAAGCCCUCAACCCAGCACAGAUAUUUGCCAUUCACCAGUUAGGACCUGGAUAUAAGAGCACUUUCAAGUUUAAAUCUGAGAGUGACAUUCACCUGGCAGAACACCACAAGCAGGUUCUGUACGAUGGGAAGCUCGCAGGUAGCAUCGCAUUUACCUACAACGCUAAGGCGACUGACGCGCAGCUGUGCCUGGAAUCAUCUCCGAAGGAGAACGUGUCCAUCUUUGUGCACUCCCCGCACGCGCUGAUGCUCCAGGAUGUGAAAGCUAUAGUAACACAUUCAAUUCAUAGUGCAAUUCAUUCAAUCGGAGGGAUUCAAGUACUUUUUCCACUGUUUGCCCAACUGGACAAUCGGCAGCUCAAUGACAGUCAAGUGGAAACAACCGUCUGUGCUACUCUUUUGGCAUUCCUGGUUGAACUACUUAAAAGCUCAGUAGCCAUGCAAGAACAGAUGCUGGGUGGAAAAGGCUUUUUAGUCAUUGGCUACCUACUUGAGAAGUCAUCAAGAGUUCACAUAACUAGAGCUGUCCUGGAGCAGUUUUUAUCCUUUGCAAAAUACCUUGAUGGUUUAUCUCAUGGAGCACCCUUGUUGAAGCAGCUUUGUGACCACAUUUUAUUUAACCCAGCCAUCUGGAUACACACACCUGCAAAAGUUCAACUUUCCCUGUACACCUACUUGUCUGCUGAAUUUAUUGGAACUGCUACCAUCUACACCACCAUUCGCAGAGUGGGAACAGUGUUACAGUUAAUGCACACCUUAAAAUAUUACUACUGGGUCGUUAAUCCUGCUGACAGUAGUGGCAUCACCCCUAAAGGGUUAGAUGGUCCCCGGCCGUCACAGAAAGAAAUUAUAUCCCUACGGGCAUUUAUGCUGCUUUUUCUGAAACAGCUCAUAUUAAAGGAUCGAGGGGUCAAGGAAGAUGAACUUCAGAGUAUAUUAAAUUACCUACUUACAAUGCAUGAGGAUGAAAAUAUUCAUGAUGUGUUACAGUUACUAGUGGCUCUAAUGUCAGAACACCCAGCCUCAAUGAUACCAGCUUUUGAUCAAAGAAAUGGAAUAAGAGUCAUCUACAAGUUAUUGGCUUCUAAAAGUGAAAGUAUUUGGGUUCAAGCUCUGAAGGUUCUGGGAUACUUUCUGAAGCAUUUAGGUCACAAGAGAAAAGUUGAAAUCAUGCACACCCAUAGUCUUUUCACUCUUCUUGGAGAAAGGCUGAUGUUGCAUACCAAUACUGUGACUGUCACCACAUACAACACACUCUAUGAGAUCUUGACAGAGCAAGUAUGCACUCAAGUUGUACACAAGCCACACCCAGAGCCAGAUUCUACAGUGAAAAUUCAGAACCCAAUGAUUCUGAAGGUGGUGGCAACUUUACUGAAAAACUCCACACCAAGUGCAGAACUGAUGGAGGUUCGCCGUCUGUUUUUAUCUGACAUGAUCAAACUUUUCAGUAACAGCCGUGAAAAUAGAAGGUGCUUAUUGCAGUGUUCAGUGUGGCAGGAUUGGAUGUUUUCUCUUGGCUACAUCAACCCUAAAAAUUCCGAGGAACAGAAGAUUACGGAGAUGGUCUACAACAUCUUCCGGAUCCUUCUGUAUCACGCGAUAAAAUACGAAUGGGGAGGCUGGAGAGUCUGGGUGGAUACGCUGUCAAUAGCCCAUUCGAAGGUCACUUAUGAAGCCCAUAAGGAAUACCUAGCCAAAAUGUAUGAGGAGUAUCAAAGACAAGAAGAGGAAAACAUUAAAAAGGGAAAGAAAGGGAGCGUGAGCACCAUCUCUGGUCUUUCCUCGCAGACAACAGGAGCAAAGGGUGGAAUGGAAAUUCGAGAGAUAGAAGAUCUUGCACAGAGCCAGAGCCCAGAAAGUGAGACCGAUUACCCUGUUAGCACAGAUGCCAGAGACUUACUCAUGUCAACAAAAGUGCCAGAUGAUAUCCUUGGACACUCAGAUCGACCGGGAAGUGGUGUACAUGUGGAAGUGCAUGAUCUUUUAGUUGAUAUAAAAGCAGAAAAAGUGGAAGCAACCGAAGUAAAACUUGAUGAUAUGGAUUUAUCUCCAGAGACUUUAGUAGGUGGAGAGAAUGGUGCCCUUGUGGAGGUUGAAUCUUUGCUGGAUAACGUGUACAGUGCUGCUGUUGAGAAGCUCCAGAACAACGUACAUAGUAGUGUUGGUGUCAUUAAAAAAAACGAAGACAAGGAUAAUGGUCCAUUGAUAACAUUAGCAGAUGAGAAAGAUGACCUUUCUAACAGUAGCACAUCAUUUCUCUUUGAUAAAGCACCCAAACAGGAAGAGAAGCUCCUUGCGGAACUUUCCAGCAAUCACAUUAUCCCAAAUAUUCAAGAUACGCAAGUUCGUCUCGGUGUUGGCGAUGAUCUUGGACUGCUUGCUCACAUGACUGCUAAUGUAGACUUGACUUGUACAUCAAGUAUGAUCGAGGAAAAGGAGUUCAAAAUCCAUACAACUUCAGAUGGAAUGAGCACUGUUUCUGAGAGAGACUUAACACCACCUUCUAAAGGGUUAGAAUAUGCAGAAAUGACUGCCACAACUCUGGAAACUGAGCCUUCUGGUAGCAAAAUUGUACCAAAUAUUGAUGCUGGAAGUAUAAUUUCAGAUACGGAGAGGUCUGACGACGGCAAAGAGUCAGGGAAGGAAGUCCGAAAGAUCCAGACGACCACUACCACCCAAGCUGUUCAGGGUCGGUCUAUCACCCAACAAGACCGAGACCUCAGAGUUGAUUUGGGAUUCCGGGGGAUGCCAAUGACUGAGGAACAGCGGCGCCAGUUCAGCCCAGGUCCCCGCACCACCAUGUUUCGGAUUCCGGAAUUUAAAUGGUCUCCGAUGCACCAGCGGCUUCUCACCGACCUGCUGUUUGCGUUAGAAACAGAUGUACAUGUUUGGAGGAGCCAUUCCACAAAGUCAGUAAUGGAUUUUGUCAAUAGCAAUGAAAAUAUUAUUUUUGUACAUAACACAAUUCACCUCAUUUCCCAAAUGGUGGACAACAUCAUCAUUGCCUGUGGGGGAAUUUUACCUCUGCUCUCGGCUGCUACUUCACCAACUACUGAAUUGGAAAAUAUCGAAGUGACACAAGGCAUGUCAGCUGAGACAGCAGUAACUUUCCUCAGCCGACUGAUGGCUAUGGUUGAUGUACUUGUGUUUGCCAGCUCUCUCAAUUUUAGCGAGAUUGAAGCGGAAAAAAACAUGUCUUCUGGAGGUUUGAUGCGGCAGUGCCUAAGGCUAGUUUGUUGUGUCGCCGUGAGAAACUGCUUAGAAUGCCGACAAAGACAGAGAGACAGGGGGAGCAAAUCUUCCCAUGGGGGCAGUAAACCUCAGGAAGCUCCCCAAAGUGUGGCUGCCACAGCUGUUUCUAAGACUCCCUUAGAAAGUGUUCCAGGUAACCUUUCUCCUAUUAAAGACCCUGAUAGACUUCUUCAGGAUGUUGAUAUCAAUCGUCUUCGUGCUGUGGUCUUCCGGGAUGUGGAUGAUAGCAAGCAGGCACAGUUCCUUGCGCUGGCUGUUGUUUACUUCAUUUCGGUUCUCAUGGUUUCCAAGUAUCGGGACAUAUUAGAGCCCCAGCGAGAGACGGCAAGAGCUGGAAGCCAACCAGGUAGAAACAUCAGACAAGAAAUAAAUUCGCCAACAAGUACAGUUGUGGUCAUACCCUCUAUCCCUCAUCCAAGUCUGAACCACGGAUUCCUUGCCAAGUUAACUCCUGAGCAGAGCUUUGCCCACUCAUUUUACAAAGAAACACCCGCUGCAUUUCCAGACACUAUAAAGGAAAAAGAAACACCCACCCCUGGUGAGGAUAUUCAGAUGGAAAGUUCCAUUCCUCACACAGAUUCAGGCAUUGGAGAGGAGCAAGUGGCCAGCAUCCUGAAUGGGGCGGAAUUAGAGGCCAGCGCAGGCCCUGAUGCCAUGAGCGAACUUUUGUCUACUUUGUCGUCUGAAGUGAAAAAAUCACAGGAGAGCUUAACUGAAAACCCCAGCGAGAUGUUGAAGCCAGCACCGUCCAUCUCCAGCAUUAGUCAAGGCAAAGGCAUCAAUGUCAAAGAGAUACUGAAAAGCCUUGUGGCUGCCCCAGUGGAACUUGCCGAAUGUGGUCCCGAGCCCAUCCCGUACCCAGAUCCAUCACUGAAGAGAGAAGCACAGGCCAUUCUUCCUAUGCAGUUUCAUUCCUUUGACAGGAGUGUGGUGGUCCCUGUGAAGAAGCCCCCUCCCGGGAGUCUCGCGGUGACCACUGUUGGAGCCACCCCUGCUGGAAGUGGCCUGUCCACAGGCAGUACCUCUAACAUAUUUGCUGCCACCGGAGCUACACCAAAAAGUAUGAUUAAUACAACAGGUGCUGUGGAUUCAGGGUCCUCCUCCUCUUCCUCCUCUUCUAGUUUUGUGAAUGGUGCUACCAGCAAAAACCUGCCAGCUGUGCAGACUGUGGCUCCCAUGCCCGAAGACUCAGCUGAGAAUAUGAGCAUCACUGCAAAACUUGAAAGAGCUUUAGAAAAAGUUGCUCCUCUUCUUCGUGAAAUUUUUGUAGACUUUGCGCCAUUCCUGUCCCGCACACUCCUUGGCAGCCAUGGACAAGAGCUGUUGAUAGAAGGCCUUGUUUGUAUGAAGUCCAGCACGUCGGUGGUCGAGCUGGUUAUGCUGCUUUGUUCUCAGGAGUGGCAAAACUCAAUUCAGAAGAAUGCAGGACUUGCAUUUAUCGAGCUCAUCAAUGAAGGAAGGUUGCUCUGCCAUGCCAUGAAGGACCAUAUUGUGCGUGUUGCAAACGAAGCUGAGUUUAUUUUGAACAGACAGAGAGCGGAGGACGUACAUAAACAUGCGGAGUUCGAGUCUCAGUGUGCCCAGUAUGCUGCUGACAGGAGAGAGGAAGAAAAGAUGUGUGACCAUCUCAUCAGUGCCGCCAAGCAUCGAGAUCACGUGACAGCCAACCAGCUGAAGCAGAAAAUUCUCAACAUUCUCACGAAUAAGCACGGUGCUUGGGGAGCCGUGUCUCACAGCCAACUGCAUGAUUUCUGGCGUCUGGAUUACUGGGAAGAUGACCUGCGUCGGAGGAGACGAUUCGUUCGGAACGCGUUUGGCUCCACUCACGCUGGAGCCCCGCUCAAAGCUGCGACAGAAUACGGCACUGAAGAAGAUGUCGUGAAGUCCAAGAAAACGUUCCGGAGUCAAGCGAUAGUGAACCAGAACGCAGAGACAGAACUGAUGCUGGAAGGGGACGACGAUGCAGUCAGUCUGCUGCAGGAGAAAGAGAUUGACAAUCUGGCAGGCCCCGUGGUUCUUAGCACCCCUGCCCAGCUCAUCGCUCCGGUGGUGGUGGCCAAGGGGACGCUCUCCAUCACCACGACAGAAAUCUACUUCGAAGUAGAUGAGGACGACCCUGCCUUCAAGAAGAUCGACGCGAAAGUGCUCGCAUAUACCGAGGGACUGCAUGGAAAAUGGAUGUUCAGCGAAAUACGAGCUGUAUUUUCCCGACGAUAUCUUCUACAAAACACUGCUUUGGAAGUAUUUAUGGCAAACCGAACCUCAGUUAUGUUUAAUUUUCCUGAUCAAGCAACGGUAAAGAAAGUCGUGUACAGCUUGCCUCGAGUUGGAGUAGGGACCAGCUACGGUUUGCCGCAAGCCAGGAGGAUAUCGUUGGCCACUCCCCGACAGCUCUAUAAGUCUUCCAACAUGACUCAGCGUUGGCAAAGAAGGGAAAUUUCAAACUUCGAAUAUUUGAUGUUUCUCAAUACCAUAGCAGGACGGACAUAUAAUGAUCUGAACCAAUAUCCUGUAUUUCCAUGGGUAUUAACAAACUACGAAUCAGAAGAAUUGGAUCUGACUCUUCCAGGAAACUUCAGGGAUCUGUCAAAGCCGAUUGGUGCUUUGAACCCGAAGAGGGCUGUGUUUUACGCAGAGCGGUACGAGACGUGGGAUGAUGACCAAAGCCCACCCUACCACUAUAACACACAUUAUUCAACGGCAACAUCUACCUUGUCCUGGCUCGUUCGAAUUGAACCCUUUACGACCUUCUUCCUCAAUGCAAAUGGUGGGAAAUUCGACCAUCCUGAUCGAACCUUCUCGUCGGUUUCAAGAUCUUGGAGAACUAGUCAGAGGGACACUUCUGAUGUAAAGGAGCUAACCCCAGAGUUCUUCUACCUGCCCGAGAUGUUUGUCAACAGUAACGGAUACAACCUUGGAGUCAGAGAAGAUGAGGCCGUGGUAAAUGACGUUGAUCUUCCCCCCUGGGCAAAAAAACCGGAAGACUUUGUGCGCAUCAACAGGAUGGCCCUGGAAAGUGAGUUUGUGUCCUGCCAGCUCCACCAGUGGAUUGAUCUCAUAUUUGGCUACAAGCAACGAGGGCCAGAAGCAGUCCGUGCUCUCAACGUUUUCCACUAUUUAACUUACGAAGGCUCCGUGAACCUGGAUGGCAUCACUGAUGCUGUGCUCAGGGAGAUUCCGGAAGCUUAUUUCACUAGAGACCCUCAUACUUUCCUUCUUACAGAGGACUUUAUUAAGGCCAUGGAGGCACAGAUCCAGAACUUUGGACAGACGCCAUCUCAGCUGCUUAUUGAGCCACAUCCACCUCGCAGCUCCGCCAUGCACCUGUGUUUCCUUCCACAGAGUCCACUCAUGUUCAAAGACCAGAUGCAGCAGGAUGUGAUAAUGGUGCUGAAGUUCCCCUCCAACUCCCCCGUGACCCACGUGGCGGCCAACACGCUUCCCCACCUCACCAUCCCUGCGGUGGUGACGGUGACCUGCAGCAGGCUGUUUGCUGUCAACAGGUGGCACAACACAGUAGGCCUCAGAGGCGCUCCUGGAUACUCCUUGGAUCAAGCCCAUCACCUCCCCAUUGAAAUGGACCCAUUAAUAGCCAAUAACUCCGGUGUGAACAAGCGGCAGAUCACGGACCUGGUUGAUCAGAGCAUACAAAUCAACGCACACUGUUUUGUGGUCACAGCGGAUAAUCGCUAUGUUCUAAUCUGUGGAUUCUGGGACAAGAGCUUCAGAGUCUAUUCUACAGAGACAGGGAAGUUAACCCAGAUUGUCUUUGGCCACUGGGAUGUGGUCACGUGCUUGGCCAGGUCUGAGUCAUACAUCGGUGGGGACUGCUACAUCGUGUCCGGCUCUCGAGACGCCACCUUGCUUCUCUGGUACUGGAGUGGCCGUCACCACAUCAUAGGAGACAACCCCAACAGCAGUGACUACCCUGCACCAAGAGCCGUCCUCACGGGCCAUGACCACGAAGUUGUCUGUGUUUCUGUCUGUGCAGAGCUGGGACUCGUCAUCAGUGGUGCAAAAGAAGGCCCCUGCCUUGUCCACACCAUCACUGGAGACUUGCUGAGAGCCCUGGAAGGACCAGAAAACUGCUUAUUCCCACGUCUGAUCUCCGUCUCCAGUGAGGGCCACUGUAUCAUACACUACGAGCGAGGCCGGUUCAGCAACUUCAGCAUCAACGGGAAGCUUCUGGCUCAGAUGGAGAUCAACGACUCCACUCGGGCCAUCCUCCUGAGCAGCGACGGGCAGAACCUGGUGACUGGCGGGGACAAUGGCGUGGUGGAGGUCUGGCAGGCCUGCGACUUCAAGCAGCUCUACAUCUACCCAGGAUGUGACGCUGGCAUCAGAGCCAUGGACUUGUCCCACGACCAGAGGACUCUGAUCACGGGCAUGGCGUCUGGCAGCAUUGUAGCUUUUAAUAUAGAUUUUAACCGGUGGCAUUAUGAGCAUCAAAACAGAUACUGAAGAGAAACGAAGACCCAAUGCCAAGUAAAGGCCGAGAGGAAAGGCAACAUCUCGGGGGAAAGCUCGCCGACGUGGGCCUCGUUUGUGCGUUCCAUCACACCCAGCAAUAGCUGUCCAUCGUAGCCAGCAACCAUUUUACUUUGUGUGUUUUUUCACGACCAAACACCAGCUGCUACCCAGCCAGCUUCUAUCAUGUAAAUUAUAUGAAUUAGGGGAUGUUUUGGUAAUUAUUUCAUAUAUCGUUGUUUAUUGAGAAAGGUUGUAGGGCGCGUCACAAAAGACUUUUGACCAUUCUGAAGAAGUUUGUCUGGUUGUUACAAAGUGUAAGCUUUGAACCUAACCUGCGUCUCAUUUCCAGCCUCUUUUCAAGCUGAGAAAAAACAAAAGAAGAAAAAAAAAAACGUUUGAUACUUUGUACAUCAGAUGCAUCUUAUUUAAAGGGAUACUUUUGUAAAAGUAAAACCUUGUAUAAAGAAAAAAACGUUUCUUAAUUUUAUUGUGGAGUUAAAACUUGCAUGCUCUUUAAUCUCAAUGUCCCGGUGGAGCAGGUACGUUCACGCCAGGAAAAGGGAGAUCCCUCCAAGGACACAGCUUGUUCAAAAGGGUUGAAUUAGGUUCAGUCAGUAAUUUUUGACAUUUUCACCAAUAUAUAGUUUGCAGUUUUUAAUCUAAAUUCAUCCUUCCGAGAGACAUUUGCUUACAAGGCAUUUGGAUACUAAGCCAUUAUUUGCCAUUUUGGUACUUACACAAAGAAAAUUCAGCCCUACCGUCGUGAUUCACAGACAUAGCAGAGAGGGGCUGAGGGUGAGGCCCGGGUUUUUACCAUAUAAAUAGGAACCACGGUCCUUAGUGGCAUAGCAGUGGCUUCCGACAGACCUCUGACGUUCUCUUCCAGAAUCUUCCGCUGGGCUAGCAUGUGGACAUUAGGAAGGGGGUCUGAUGCCAACUUUGUUUGUUUUACUCUUUGGUUCUUGAAUAUAGCUUAGUUUCUUUAAUAACAAGUUGGACUUCAUUACACAGCUCCAGUUAUUCUUUUAUGUUCUUGUGAGAUUCUCACCUGAAGCCGCACUCUUAGCCUGAGGCACUUCAUCUUUUAGGGCAUAAAAUGAUGGCUCUCCAGUGAUUUUCCUACGUUGCACCCAUCAGGUUCCACACCCAGGGGAGUGGACUCUCACGUUUCUUCUCUGUAUAUUUGGUGACCGUAUCGUCAUAGAUGUACGUACUGUGUCAGUAGGGACUAUGAGGCAUGUCGCAGGAAUGUAAUAUUCUCAGAACUUACACUCACUUGCAGUCAUUUAUUUAAAAAGAUUAAACGAGAUAAUGGAUUCUUUGUAUUGGCACUUUGCGCCAGAAACAUAUCGUUAUUUAUUGCUGUGAUCACCUCUUUGUUACCCACCCUGUACUAGUAGGUUUUAGCACUGAACCCUUUCGCUGCUGUUUGUAUUUCUGAGCCUCUGAGAUGACGGGCAGUCAGCGUGACCAUGGCGCUCUCCGCUGCCGGGCUGCACGCUGUCUCAGGUUGGUAGCUUAGAGCUGGGAGAGUACAAACAUCUGGAAGACGAGUUCAUUUCAUCUUGAGAUCACGGUGAAAUAUUUUGGAUUUAUAAAUUCCUUACGCUAUUGUAACCAUGUUUUAUUGCAAAGAUGUAAAAUAUGCCAGAUGUGUGUGAGUUGGAAAUCAAAAAAGAAAAAUAAAAUAUGCAAAGAA